UGAACACAGAUAGGGGAAGGUGUGACAUCAUUCCACAAAUCACGCCUACUACUGGAGCUGAUUCGAUUAAGUGAUUGACGUCACCAACCGGCAGCGAAUAGGAAUGUUGGAGGAGGAAGGUGCUGGGAGUGGAACAGCGGGUAGUGGCGUCAGAGGGAGAGGAUAGCAACUGUUGCCUUGAGACCCCAGGCGCCAUAGUGACUGUAGCCGUGGAGACAGUUACUUGCCAACCGGAGACACACGGAGCUGCAGUGGCCGGAGAAGUAACCCGGGGAUCGUGGAGCCAUCAUUAUCACCACAGCGACGCGUACCAAAACUGCCUGGGUAGCUGGACGGAGAAACCAGUAUGCAGAAUUCAGACAGUGGUUCAGACUCAGCAACAUCUGUUGCGCUUAGGACAUCGACAUCAGCGCAAGCUCCUGUAGUGCAGCCUGUACCAGCAUCUCAACAGAGAAGUUUGUCUCAAGCAUCUGGCUCUGCUCCCAAAGGGGCGCAUGUUCAGGGUAUCUCUGUACCCAGAGCCCACCAGUUACAACAGCAGGUCCAGACUGUCCAACAUGUCUAUCCAGCUCAAGUGCAGUAUGUGGAAGGGGAUACAGUGUACACCAACGGAGCUAUCCGUACAGCUUACUCCUAUAAUGCGGAAACCCAGAUCUACGCACCCAGCAGUGGCUCCUCCUACUUUGACUCUCAAGGAGGCGGUGCUCAGGUCACCACAGUGGUGUCUAGCCCUACAGCAAUCCCUUCCCACAGUAUGGUGGGUAUCACCAUGGAUGUGAGUGGCAGCCAGAUCAUCUCUAGUUCUGGAGCCUACCUUAUCCAUGGAGGACUGGAGAAUUCUCGCCAUACACCAUCUCACACUUCUCGUACCUUCCCUGCUACGCUUGAAAUGGCGAUUGAAAAUCUCCAAAAAAAUGAAGGCAUCACUUCUCACAAAAGCAGCUUGCUCAACAGCCAUCUUCAGUGGCUGCUGGAUAAUUAUGAGACAGCGGAAGGUGUGAGCCUCCCUCGCAGCUCACUUUAUAAUCACUACCUGCGACACUGCCAGGAUCACAAACUUGAUCCAGUAAAUGCUGCAUCCUUUGGCAAACUUAUUCGCUCAGUGUUUAUGGGCCUGAGAACACGGCGCCUUGGUACCAGAGGCAACUCCAAGUACCAUUAUUAUGGCAUUCGCCUGAAACCAGAUUCUCCUCUGAACCGUAUUCAGGAGGAUGCACAGUAUAUGGCAAUAAGACAGCAACCCAUCCACCAGAAACAAAGAUACAGGCCUGCACAGAAGAUUGAUGGCAUGGGAGAAAAUCCAGCCAACAGUAGCCAACAUGCAUCUCCAGAACAAUCUGUUGCAGCUCAAAGUCAGCAUCAUCAGCAAUUUAUAGAUACAUCCCAUGUGUUUCCAGACUUUCCAGCACCUGAUUUAGGCAGUUUACUCUUACCAGAAGGCAUAACUAUGACUGACAUAAAAAAUCUGCAGCUUAUGUAUCGGCGGCACUGUGAGGCUACGAUUGAUGUAGUGAUGAAUCUACAGUUCCAGUACAUUGAAAAGCUAUGGCAGGCUUUCUGGAACUCCAAACCUUCUUCUCCUGAUGGUUCCAACCCAAUGAGCAGUGAGGAUGAACAGGAGCCGAUUAUCCCAAAUGAGAAGCUGAUGGUGCUUUGUAAAUAUGAACCCAUUAUGAGGUGGAUGAGAAACUGUGACCACAUUCUUUACCAAGCAUUGGUGGAGAUACUCAUCCCUGAUGUACUGAGACCUGUUCCCAGUACAUUGACUCAGGCAAUUCGGAAUUUUGCAAAGAGUUUGGAGGGCUGGCUUACAAAUGCCAUGUGUGAUUUCCCGCAGCAGAUAGUUCAUGCCAAGGUUGGAGUAGUGAGUGCUUUUGCACAGACGCUACGCCGUUACACAUCCCUAAAUCAUUUGGCACAAGCUGCAAGAGCUGUGCUUCAGAAUACAUCACAGAUUAAUCAGAUGCUCAGCGAUCUAAACCGUGUGGACUUUGCCAAUGUCCAGGAGCAGGCUUCAUGGGUGUGCCAGUGUGACGAAGGUAUGGUGCAGAAACUGGAGCAAGAUUUCAAGCUGACCCUGCAGCAGCAGAGUUCAUUGGACCAAUGGGCAAAUUGGUUGGAUAAUGUUGUCACUCAGGUGCUGAAACCACAUGAAGGAAGUCCUAGCUUCCCAAAGGCAGCCAGACAGUUUCUUCUCAAAUGGUCCUUCUACAGUUCGAUGGUGAUCCGAGACCUUACUCUGCGCAGCGCUGCCAGCUUUGGGUCUUUUCACCUUAUACGCCUGCUUUAUGAUGAGUACAUGUUCUACUUGGUGGAACACAGAGUGGCACAGGCAACAGGGGAGACUCCCAUUGCAGUAAUGGGGGAGUUUAGUGACUUUGCUUCAAUGUCUCCUGUGCAAAUGGAUAAAGAUGAUGUCAGUGAACUUGGGAGCGAUACAGAAGGGGAUCCUCACAUUUCUGGCCAACCUCCAGUUAAAAGAGAACGCGUUGAACUGAACCACUCAAUGCAAGAAAUGUAGACGGAAUUUUCUUGCCUUAUUCCCUGACUAAUGGGAACUUUCACCUCUGAUGCAGUCUGCCUUGUUACAGUGUAGUGCCUCUUAAACUCCCACAAGAAUCCUUUUCCCCAGAUCAUCUGCAGUGUCUACUGGAUGGAAAGAAUGACUCGGUGGCACUGACAAUCACAUCAGAUUCCAUAAUGCCACACUUCAUAAUUAUUUUUUUCUUCCUAUCGACUACCACUCUCUAAAUACUGAGCAGUGACUUGGAUAUGAAUGAAUUUUUUUCACUAUUUAUCACCGUUCUCUUUGGGUGAUGAAUCUGCUCCCACUCCCUAGACGGACUCAUUAAAGAUUUAAUAUACUGUACCAUAA